AUGUUGCGGCAGAUCCAGAAACGCUCGUCAGGCUCCACCGCCAUCCCUCUAUUUCUCUUCCACGACGCCAGCGGCACUAUCAGCAGCUACUAUGCGCUGGGCCCCAUGGGCCGCGACGUUUACGCAAUUGCGAACUCGCGUAUGGAUAGCGACGAGCCCGAAAGCAUGCGGGAUAUGGGCAGGCGGUAUUACGCGGCCAUCAAGGCCGUCGUACCAAAGGGCAGGAUCAUGCUGGGCGGCUGGUCGCUGGGCGGCAUGAUUGCACUGCAGGUAGCGUGGAUCUGUGUGCGCGACCCCUGUCUCGCUGUCGACGGCAUCGUCAUGAUUGAUAGCCCGUUCCCGGACUACCGCCACGUUGAGUACAUGGGCGCAGAAUCCCCCAUUUCAGAAGACGCUCCAAGUCCCGCAAAGAUGAAGCUAGAUAAGGCCAUUCUGCGGACCGUGAAUACGCUGCAUAGCUGGCAGCCGCCGGUGUGGCGGCGACAGCGCCAGCCGUACACGUUGAUGCUGUGUGCUACUGAGAGCGUACAGAAUGAAGGGUAUUCGGCCGCGCUGUCUUUCGUUGACCAGUUCCGCGACAGCCCAACGCUUGGCUGGAACGAGCGUGCUAGUUCCAUUGUCAUCGACAAGAGCUAUCCCAUUAAGGGUCAUCACUUUAACGUCCUGGAGCCCAAAAACGUCGCGUUCCUCACCGAGACAAUGGCUACGAUCGCAGAAGGUAUCGACCUAGUGUCCUUCCAAGACGACGAUGAAUGA